GUCGCCCGGCAAACUGUUCGGUCGUUUCCCACAGGAUCUUUCUCAUUAGCACUCCUGACCCAUUUUUACCUUGACGGCAUCGCUUCCUCAACGAGAUGUUACCGGCCUGAGGAGAAAACCCGAGGGCAUAAACUUUACCAAGAUUAUUGGAAGAUGGACUGAAGAAGCCGGGGCCGGUUCCGGUUCGGCUCGGACCCUCGGUAAAAAUGUGAGACGAUGACGUCCCUCUGUGGGAACCUGACGUCCGCGUUGGGGCCGCGUUGCUUCGUCGAACUGUCCGCCUCCGUCUCCUCGGGCGUCCUGGCCUACGUGACACUCCUCCUCACUGUCUAUCUCAGGUGGUCUAAACCAAGAGAUGAUGCGAGGAGGCUUUUCAGCGGGCACACAUUGCGGUGCGUCCUCAGCCUCUUAUUCCUUCUGGUCCACUUGUGCGAAUUCGGCGAGAUCCUGGCCGGCGGGAGGUCCUGGAUACUGGCCGGGCUAUCAUGCUUCUCUUGGUUCUGCGUCCAGGGCUUCUACUUUACGAUUGAGAAAUAUGGCAGGGCUCAUUAUUUAGCCGCGACGAGCCUGUUGUACCUUGUGUGCGGCCUGGUGCGCGGAGUCCUGCUGUACACCCUACUGGAGGAGAUCGACAUGACUUACGUCUCAACCCUGCUUUCAGCAGUCUCGUCGGCCCUCGCUUACGCCGUCUCUCUGAACGACCUAGUCACCCUAAUAAACGAGGUAAAACUUGAAAAAGAUGAAAGGAAGCUACCUCUGGGAGAAUACGAAAGCUAUGUCCACAAGCAGUCUCACUGGUUCUCCAGGUUGACAUUCUUCUGGCUGACGCCGCUUCUUAGGAUCGGUUACACAAAUCCUCUCGAACCGGAAGAUCUCGGAAAGCUUCCUCUGGAAGAAUCUGCCGCCGAGCAGUACCAGAAUUUUCUAGAUUCUUAUCAGAAGAUCAAGAAUGCAAGGGGUGUCGCUUCCCUCUGGAAAUGUUAUUUCCACUGCUACUGGAAGAAUUUCUUCGUAGGCGGCCUCCUGAAGCUCAUCGGAGAUUUCGUCGGCCUUAUCGCCCCCCUAGGUAUCGCCGUCGUCAUAGAUUACGUCGCCUCGUACCAACAGCCUGCCUCUCAAGCCCCAAGUAUCACCCAAGAGGACUUCGUCUCGGUGAACGUUUUCCUCAAAAACGGUUACGUCAUGAGUAUCGUGAUAUUCGUGAGCGCGAUCGCCCAGGCCAGUUUCUCCCAGGCCAGCACGCACAUAAUCAACGUCGAGGGCAUACGGUUGAAAACGGCGUUACAGGGGAUGAUUUAUGCAAAAACGCUAAAGUUGAGCAUAUCGAACAAGGACGACGAAUCUUCAACUUCGGAUAGUAAAUACGGAACGACGACCAAUCUAAUGUCAGAGGACACUUUUAACAUCAUGACUUGCUUUUGGAUCGGCCACUACAUUUGGGCUAUACCCUUGAAGAUAUCGGUUUUAAUGUACCUGCUAUACUGUCAACUAGGACUGAGCGCGAUAAUAGGUGCAUUAUUUUGUAUAAUAACUAUGACCCCUCUGCAAUUCCUAAUCGGAAAGAAGAUGUCCGACAAUUCGAAGAUAAUCUCCAACCUCUGCGACGAGAGGUUGAGGAUGACGAAUGAGAUGCUUCAGGGGAUCAAAGUGUUGAAGCUCUGCGGCUGGGAGCUUCAGUUUUACUUGCGUAUCAUGUCGGCGAGGAACAACGAACUGCGGUAUCUCAACAAAGACUCCUUGUUCUGGGCGUUAAUGACGUUUUUCACCCACACGUCGUCAUCGCUAAUCACUCUAGUCACUCUCGGAGCUUAUUAUUACCUCGAAGGGACAAACUUAUCGGUUUCGAGCGUCUUCUCGGCCCUUGCGCUUUUCAACCAACUGACUGUUCCUCUUUUCAUUUUCCCAAUUACCGUACCGAUAAUAAUUAGCGCAUUGACAAGUACGCAAAGGCUCGAGGACUUUUUGGCCCUUCCGGAAUCGACCAGUUACUCGCCGUUGGACGUUUCAAGCCACGUUCUGAAACCUGGCAAAACCCAACAUACGGAAAAGGACAGACUUUUUGGCCUCGGGGGUAUAUCUGAAGAGGCCGACGACAAGAACUACGACGACGAUCUCCGUGACGAAGAAGACAGGUCGAAGGAGGAGAACGCGUGCAUUUUGCGAGAAGCCGGAUUUUCUUGGUGCGAUCAGGAGAAGCCUGGCCUCUGGAUCAACAACCUCAACAUCCCAAAAGGGAAACUGACUGCAGUGAUUGGAAGAGUGGGUUGUGGCAAGACGUCGUUUCUGCAUGCACUACUUGGGGAGAUGAAAUGUGUGUCCGGCCUCAUGAAAUGGGAAAAGGGUGUCUCUUUCGCCUAUGUGUCUCAGCAGCCCUGGCUCCUAAACGCGACGCUCAGGGAAAACGUGCUGAUGGGGUUGUCGUACAAGAUGCGCAGGUUCUCCAGGGUGAUCGCGGCUACAGCCCUCCAACCGGAUAUCGACAUCUUGCCUAACAAAGAUCUGACCGAACUGGGCGAGAAGGGUGUCAAUCUGUCUGGUGGACAGAGGCAGAGGAUAGCCAUCGCCAGGGCACUCUAUUCAAAGGCCAAUGUCAUCAUACUCGACGAUCCGCUCUCCGCUCUUGAUUACCAUGUAGCACAGCAUGUAUUCGAGCAUGGAAUCAUGAACCUAGUCUUGAAGCAGAGGAAAACUGUAGUCAUGGUCACUCACUCGCUACACCUUCUCACUUAUGCCCACAAAGUAGUCGCCCUCGAAAGUGGCAGAAUGAGAGCAUGCGGCAAGCUGACAGACAUGGAACUGGUAGAUGGUGUUGUGACCGGAGUGGACACGAGUGGCGAUUCGCGCGGCAGGACUGCCAGGGAAAGGUGGCAGUUGGUGAAACUGGUGUCCAGGAUCGGGCACCAUAUCAGGCAGCAAAAUAUGAAAUAUCAGAACAAGCAGCUAUUCAUACCAUUUCGAAAACGGCUUAGCACCGGCUCGGAGUAUUACUGGGCACAGGACCUUCCACUGCCGAGCUCGAUUGACGGCGAACGAGACAUGCCACUACAGAGGUCGACAACGCUUCCUCGUCACAGGCCCGUUGCCAGAGCAAGCUCGUUGCAGCCACACUCCUCGAGCCACAUGAACCCAGUGACCAGGCAGGCGUCCAGCCCGAUCAUCAACCAGGGCACGAGGUUGGGAAGGACUUACACUUUUGAUGGUGUGCCUCCUGGGGGUAACUUGCUCAAGCACAUUUUUAUGUCAUCAAACAAAAACAUGACUGGAGUUGAGCCUCAGACAAACACAAACAGCAGUAUAAAAGAGAAAAAUCUCUUGCAGAGGCUGAUGUCUACCACUUCUAUAAAAUCUGUGGUGUUCAAUGAAAAUGAAAAACGCCCAAUCCAAAGGCUUCCGUCUACCUGCAGUGAUUACAGUGACGAAUGUUAUGACGAGGAUGAAGAUCUGGAACCUGAUUGGUGCGGAACCAAUACAGUAGAAGAGCGCCAGUAUGGUACAAUAUCACCCUAUGUCUAUUUCACAUAUUUACGAGCCUGUGGAGUUGUAGCAGCGAUCGGCUACUUAAUUCUAGCCAUGUCAUGGCAGGUGAUGCGAGUCUACACAGAUUUCUGGUUGAGUAAAUGGACCCAGGGCUCAGAGGGCCAUAAUGAUGAAGAGACCCUCUACUAUCUAAUCAUGUAUACCGGUCUGUCCUUCACAUGUGUACUAAUAUCGCUCUUGAGCAAUCUUCUGGGCCAGUACAGCGGCGCUCGGGCAAGGCGGAGAUUGCACAAAAAUAUGUUACUCUCGGUCGUGAGGCUCCCGCUGAAGGUGUUCGAGACCACACCCCUUGGACGUAUCCUAGCAAGGUUUUCAACUGACAUAAAUGUCAUUGACAAGAAAUUGGCGACUUCAAUUCAGAGGCUGAUUCAAUUUUUGCUACUGUGUUUCUCAGCAAUAUUGGUAAAUUCCAUCGUCACACCUUGGUUCCUUAUAUUAGCAGUUCCUAUCUGUAUUUUUUAUUAUAUCAUACAGAGAUUUUAUCGUUGUUCUUCAAGAGAACUGCAAAGGCUUGACAGCAUGUCACGAACCCCCAUACUGUCACAUUUGACAGAGACGCUUUCUGGCCUGGAGACAAUCCGUGCUUUCAAGCAGCAAAGGAGAUUCACAGUGGCCAUGUUCUAUAAAUUUGACAGUCACACCAAUGCCUUUUUGAUAGCAAAUUCUGCCACUAGGUGGCUUGGAAUUGCUCUUGAUUAUCUUGGUGCAGUUAUUGUCCUUUUGGCAAUGGUUGUUUCACUUGUGUGCAGUGCAGUCGUUCCUGAUGUUGUGACUCCUGCGUUAGUCGGACUCGCAAUAAAUUACACCCUGCUUGUUCCAAUAUAUUUAAACUGGGUUGUAAAAUUUCUAUCAGAUGUUGAAAUGUACAUGGCGGGCGUCGAGAGGAUCUGUCAUUAUAUCAAAAUGCCAUCGGAGGAUUACAAGCAAAUCAACCAGCGUUCAUUCCUCAAGACAGUCAUUUCACCAAAGGGCCUGAUCUGGAAAAACUGGCCUUCGAAAGGGAUGAUCAAAUUUGACAGAGUUUCGCUCCGCUAUGACCACAGCCAGGAGAUUGCUGUUACAAACCUCAAUCUGGUGAUACCUCCUGGGCAAAAAGUUGGUAUUUGUGGAAGGACUGGAAGCGGAAAAUCUUCUUUAGUCAUGUCUUUAUUCGGCAUGACUCCAGUCAUUGAAGGAAUUAUUUUCAUCGAUGAUGUUGACAUUUCAACAGCCCCUCUGCAAUAUUUGAGAUCACGUUUAUCUGUGAUACCACAAGAUGUUAUCAUGUUCAGCGGCACUAUUAGAGAAAAUCUAGAUUUAGACAGUCAAUAUUCUGAUGCACAACUCUGGGAGGCUUUGGAACUGGCACAGCUCAAAGAAAUUGUCUCUUCUCAACUCGGCGGACUAAAUGGUUUAGUGCGAGAAGGAGGGGUAAAUUUGAGCUCGGGGCAGAGGCAGCUACUGUGCCUCGCCAGAGCAAUAUUACGUCAGACAGCCUGCCUCAUUAUGGACGAAGCGACAAGCUCAUUGGAUGUAACCACUGAGAAAACGUUGAUCCAUGCUGCUGAAAAGGCGUUUGCAAACAAAACUAUAAUAACAAUUGCUCAUCGGUUGACCACGUUAUUAUCAUGUGAUAGAAUUUUAGUAUUAGAAUCGGGGAGGAUUGUGGAAGACGGGUCACCUGCUGAGCUUCUCAACAGGUCUAUGGGCAUCUUCUCAACAAUGCUGCGUUCCGCCGAAUCUCAUCACAACACCCACCCAUGACCAAAUGCGCUUUUGUUUAAAUUGACAGUAUUUUGUAGACAAUGAAAAUAAAACACGUUAAACUAAGGACUUAUUUUAUGUAUGUA